AUGCAGUGCCGGGCUGUGAUUCCGCUGUUGCUGGCCGCCCAUGCUCUGGAUCCCCAGUGCCACAACCCCUUGUUCAAGGCGCAUUGGUUCGGGGAGUUUGGCUCUGCCUCGGUGGAGGCGACAGGCCGCCUGCCCACAUUGAACAGCGAUCCGAUGGUGCACAACGGCCUUCGGUUCUGCCCGGCCUACAACUCAGAGGCAUCGUGCUGCAGCGCCAAGUUCGAGGCCGUGCAAGGCAUGCAUUACGACUACUUCAGAAACCACAUCUUCCCGUCCAAGUUGGUCCGCGUGAUCCAGCAUCGGGAGUCUGUGAUGCAAGUUAUGGAGACCAACGAGUACAAGGAGGCGCCAGACCUUGAGAAGGAGCAGUAUGCUGCGGCUGUGGAGGGGUUUGCUCCUGUGCUACAGCCGGAGCUUCAUGCGGGCUGCUGGUCAGCGCUGCUGACCUACGCGGCAGGGAUGAGCUGCUUCGCCUGCAAGCCCGACUGGAUGCUGUACGUUCGCCCACGCUGUCCUCCCAAAUGCAACGAGGUGAUUCGAGUCAAAGUCCACCCAUCAGACUGUGAUGAGCUGUGGGUCAGCUGCGAGCGUUUUGGCUUCGCAGCCAAGGCUCUCCGACAAGCUUUGCUUGACUCCAUCUUGGCGAAGCAGGCAAAGAUGCCAGUUGAGGACCUCUCCAUGUUUGAGGGCCAGCAGGUCCUCUGCAGCUGGAUGCACGACCUCGUGGCGCUGCAUCCACUCCAGCGCCCCACAGAGGCAGAGAAGGAGGCCACGCCCGCCUCCGGCCCAGAUGCGCUAAGCAAGCGCCUGUCCGACAGGCGGCUCCAGUCAGAGAUUGAUGGCGAUACCGGGCUGCGCUUCUUCCGGGUCAUGCACGAGGGCCGCCAGUCGGGCUUCGACGUGACAUGGUCCGGACUCGUAGGCCCCUCCGGGUCGGCGUGUCCAUCCUCGGUCGUUGGAGUGCUGCUGACGCUUUUGUGGAACUUGUGCUUGGGGUCGUCAUGCAAAGCUUUUGACGACUCCAAUGCUUUGGAGCCAGCUGACCCUGGUGAAGUGUCACAGCCGAGCGAGGCUGGGCUGGUGACCUUGCAAGUGGCUGGCGACGGCAUCCGGUGGCAGAUUGGCCACGUGCUUCCCGAAAGGAGGUCGAGGGACCUGCAGCGAAGCCAGGCAUCCGCAGCGCGCGGACAUCGUUGGUGGGAGAAGUGCAGGAAACAGAGGACCUUGGCUGGCUGGAGGACAGCUCGCUGCCGCGGGCCACGGCGCUCAGCCGAUUUACAGGCCAAGGCACAGCAGGGCUGGGGAGAGGGAGUCAUGACUCAUGACACCAAAGGGACGGGCCGUGACAGUGCCGUGGCUAUCGGCCACCGCGCUGGGCUCGCAUCCCUGUGGCGCCACAAGGCACAGGGCCGACCAGCUUGGACUCUGACUUCAUCAGUCAAGGUGUCGCACCACGAAUGGGAGAGCGUGACCCUCACCGUUCUCAGUGAUGAUGGCAGACUUCUCCUUGCAGCGAGCGAGGCGGCUGAUCUGCUUCAAAGGCUGCGUUGCCAUCAAGAGGUGCCUAGAGAAGGCGUCGAUUUCCUGGAGCUUGGGGCCGGCUGUGGGGCUUUGGCGUGCGCCUUUGCAAAGGAGCCAGCUCUGAAGCGAGUGAUCGCCUCCGACUUGCCUGAUGUCGUUCCGCUCAUGGCCGAGACGUCCAGGCUGAACGGUGCAGAGAUUGAGUGUGUGCCGCUGCCAUUCGGAGACCUGCCGGCCCUGGAGCGACUGACGCUCGGUCCAGCACGAGUGGUGGUGGCUUGUGAGGUGCUUUACUGGGGAGGCUGGGACAUCUUCGAGGAUGACACGCGGGAGCCUCUGGCCGAAACUUUGGCCGCAGCGCUCGCAGCGCCUUUGGCAGCUGCUGUCCUGGCGGCGGUGAUCCGCGAUCCCCCGCGUGAGAUGCAAGCCCUCGAGAUGCUGAAGGAGAAAGGCGUGCAAAGCUUCCAGCAGAUGCCCGCCUCGGGCCCGCCCAAAGCCGGUGAGCUGGGAAUCUGGCUGUUGCAGCGCCAUGGAGCACCACUCCUCGGAGAAUUGGGGCUCCUGGCCCAGGCUAUCAGGUCUCAGCAUGUCUUGCUGGCUCCCAGCAUCUCCUUUGUUGAAUGGCCUGCAUUCAAGCUCCGCAGGUAUCUGGUCGUGCUGGCCAUGCAGCGAGGAGGGCUCCAAGGCUGGAUGGCGGAUGGGUCGGGUGCGAAAGCUAUAUGGAAAAUCCAGCGCGGCAGCACACCGGUCAUUUCAAAGUUGGAUUUGGCGCAGACUUCCGAGUCGCCCCCAACGCUUCUCCUGGCAGCUGGCGAUGGUUCAGGUAUCGUCACGGUCUGGUCUUUGAACCUCAAUGGUGAACUGGCCUCGCCGAACAACGGCCGAUGGUCUCAGGCACCGAGCCGCCGUGCGCUACCAAUCUCAGGUUUGGGACUGCUCCACAUCAAGCCGGCCAUGGUGGGCAUCUUGCGCUACGGCGUGACCACGCCCCAGUGGCUGCUUAGCGUCUCAACCGAGAAGGAUGUCUACGUGCUCGAUGCCCUGACAGGAUCCGUCCUGCACAAGGUCGAGGGCCUGCGAACCGAUGUUUGGGCAAUGAGAUGGAGAUAG